GCCCACUGGCUACUCAUGCAAUAGUGCUACCCAUAUUGAUAAUGUAGUAAUUGAUUUUUCAUAUGAUUCCGGGACAUAGCCAAUCUGUUGGGCAUAAGUAGGGGAUGAUUGUUAGGGAUCUCCGACUUCAGUAGAUACAGUAAGAUCUACCUGUGACUAAAUUGUGACUUGUUAAUUCAUUACUCUCUUGGAUUAAAUAUCAGUCUUACAGACAUUAUGAUAAUAAGUGAAAGCUGACAAACGUGUUCACUGGGUGAUGACAGAGUCCGAUAUUCUGACAUAGAUGUAACCAGUCAAUGCCAGCUCAACAGAUCGCCUCCUAGUGAAUUGACCAAUAUGGAUCGAUGUGAUGAAUGAAAUGUGUCUAUUUCUAUGGGAGGCCACCAUGCAGUUUUGCAGGUGAUGUAUAGGUUACAAUGAAUAAAAACAAUGGAAGAGGGAGCUGUCAGGAAACCCUCUGGACGUGGCCAGCGUGACAAGUCGAGGAAGCUUUCUGGACGUGGCCAACAUGAAAGGGGUAGGAAAGUGUUGGGUCCUGGAAGAGUAGUGUGCUGGGGCUGUAAUGAGUUUGGUCAGAAUUCUAAACAAGCCAAGGAUGAUGUCGCCUUUAAAGAUGGUCUCCUGAGCCAUUUCAGCAGUGACCUUGGUGGUCAAGUGAAAGUCGCUGCCUGUGGAGCCAGUCACACUCUUGUCGUUACAGAUUCCAAUGAGAUCUAUGCCUGGGGGAAUGGCAACAGUGGACAACUUGGAACUUGGGACAUGGAAAGUAGCUGUGAGCCGAGACGAAUCGAGUUGGUGGGUAUGCCCCCAGAUACUGUGGUGUCUGACCGUCUCCAGGUGAUACAGAACAAGUUGACCCAGAGGGCGGGGCGUCCAGAGGUGGUGGGUGUGGCCUGUGGAGGGAGACACUCAAUGGUUGUCUUUAGCAACGGGCAGGUAUACAGCUUUGGAAACAACUUCUACGCCCAGCUUGGCUACAACUUCAGGGAAAAAAACUACAAAGAAAACCAGAUAAAGCCGUACCUGCUUAAGUCCCUGAUUGGCAGACCUGUGUCUGAGGUAGCUUGUGGAGACAAGCACUCCAUCUUCAGAUUUCAGUCUGGCUCCAUCGCUUGUGUCGGGUGCAAUUCCACUGGACAGAUAGGGACAGGUGACAGAGAGGAAGCACUAGUGCCAAAGAUCCUCGAGAUGACUGGUCCAAUCACACAUGUGGCAUGUGGCUCCAACCAUAGUCUAGCAAUUUCAGACAAAGGCGAGGUGUAUAUCUGGGGCUACGGAAAGGCAUGUGGAAAUAAAUCCUCUGAUGUGUUGUCUCCUGUUCUCAUGGAAACUGGAAGAAGCAAGGUCACGAAGGUCGCUGGUGGAAUGUAUCACAGCAUGGCACUUACAGCCUCUGGAAAUAUCUACACCUGGGGAGCUGGAUCAGAUGGGCAACUAGGACACGGUGACCAAGUUUUGUUUCUGUCGGAACCUCAGCGACUAAAAAAUCACCAUCUUAGAGGAAAGAUCAUACACAUAUCUUCUGGAGAGUCGUUCUCUGCUGCAGUUACAGAAAAUGGCCGCCUGUAUAUGUGGGGUAAGAACAGUCACACGAUCCAUCCAGAUGAAGCUUCCGGUCAUCGUGUCUGGGAGCCACACUGUGUGAACUCCAGGGGUCAACCAGUACAAUAUAUUACCUGUGGGUCGUGGCAUGCUGUCAGCAUCACUGGUUCUCCAGAGUUUAUAAGGAGAGGCAGUGUUGACAAGUUGGAGUUUUCGGAUUCCGUGUGUUUGGAUCAUUCCGAGGGGUCUGUAGAGGAUUCGGCAGACAUAGAUCAUUGUGAUUCUGUGAUUACACCAGAGGACUUAGGAAACACAAACCAGGACCUGUUUACAGAGACCACAGACGAAGUGGGAGUGUUUCUGCCCAGUCUGAGCCUGCGGCGGGACAUGACUGCAGUAGACAGGGACAAAACCAAGCUCAGUCUAGCAGAAUUUUAUGCACCCACACCAGACAUCCCUCGUGAACCAGCAAUGCAUGAAGAUGAGGACACAGAACAGGUCGCAGACAUUGGCAACAUACCUGUGAGUGCACGAUCUACUAAGUUAGUGGUUCAGGUUCCGAUGAACAGUGAAAAAAAAGAACCGCAGAUGGCUGCUCAACACAGGUGUGAUGUGGCUACCUCACCCAUCCCCUUCAGCAGCUCUGAGUCGGAGAGUGCUGCCCAGGAAUAUGUCAGUCCAGCGCCCACCAAGGUGGACAGCGAGCGGACCAUACCGCAGGACUUGUCGGAGAGUCAAGAAGCACGGGAGGACCGUGAAUUCCGUGCCAAGAUACCAAAAACUUACAACAGGGAAGACAUGACCAAAAUGCAUGCGCUCCUUAACUACGAACGUCAGAAAACAUGUGGGAUAAAGCAUCCCCCUUCUGUUGUGCAAAUCAGUCGAACUUCUGCGGAUAGCUUUAUGCUGCCUAGGGAAAAUACAGGUUUUACUAGUAAACAAAUUGACUUUGCCGAAAUGGAACAUUUAAGAUCUAGAGGCAAUAAUAAAUCUCCUGAAAAAAUUCUCAAAAUUCAAGGGAAAUCCACUACAGAUGGUGGAGUGGUUAGAUUGUUUGAAUCACCAUAUACAAGUAGAUCCUACACUGAGGAUGGUCCUAGUAGAAUACAGGCUAUAGACCAUAGGAACUCUCCCUACAGCCGAGGUGGCGACAAUUUUCUUCAUAAAUUCCCUGAUGGCCGAUUCAUGGACAGUCCUGCCUUACGGUCAGGUCGUCAUAGUGAGACCACGAUUAUUAACCUAUCUCAGUUUGAGCGAGCGGCCAGUAAUUAUGCUGUGUUGGUUUCUCGUGCGUCAGAAAGUUCUCUGGCUGAUUACGCUCGGAGUUGGGCUGCUCCAGAGACUUCUGAUGAUAGUCGGCUGUCCCAGGCCAAGUCAUACGUCAAACAUCCUCAGCCCAUCAAGAACAGUAUCCCUAACAAGAACAACAAAGCCAACUUCAGGAACUACAAGAUUUCUAGCUUUAUUCGCCGACGGAAGUUACAGAUAUCGCGGUCAAACACUGUGGUGGCAGAAAUGGAAAGUCCGGCCAAACCCUCCAGUGACAAGGUCAAAGAUAUGCAACGUUAUGCAAAGGUCCACAACCCCCAGGGCACGUCCUUCAAACAGGAGAGUAGGAUACGCCUCGGACAGUCUUUCCAGCGAAAAGUCAGCAUACCUGCUAGUCGAGCAUAUCUGGCUAAGGAGGAACCUGUUGAUGGUCUUUGUGUCAAAGGUCAAACUGGAUCUUCCAGGAAAAAUCCUACAUAUUCUAGUGCCUCGUUUUGGAGAGAUAAAACUGACAUGGACAAAGUAAGGGCCAUGAAUGGUCACAACUCAUCAUACCUAGCCUCGGAUCACUCUUCACCUUCACGGGGCACCCCCGAGUCCCAUAGGGAGGUAGAGGAGGGGGCGACACCUGGUGUGGAGGAACAGGGGGACGCAACUCCCAGGGACAGUAAGCUUGUUGAUGUUCUCAAGGAGAACAGCAAUAAAAUGCAACACAAACCUGCAGACAAGUUUCGGCGCGGAAAAUUAGUUGGUUCAAGGAGCCAAAGCUUUGAUGACAAUAGUACAGUGAUGUUGAAAAUAGAACCACGAGGAGUUUCUAUCAGUACCAAGGAUAGCGGGAUGUCACAAGUACGGUAGAGUCUGGACUCACCAAAACGUGUGGGACGUUCCAGGUGUCAGUCCGCACACUGCAGCUCGGGUGUUGAUAUUUACCUUAAACGAUGCGUUAACCUCUCUAACCAGAAGACCAUGGGACACUUCUGAAGGGAAUCUUCAGAGUUGUCCUGCUUUGUUACUCAGAGUGAAAUAAUUGUAAUACAAGGUGUUCUUCCUGAGAUAUUUAUUUGGCUUUACUAGAAUACUCUGUUAUUGAUAUUUCAUAUUGUUCUUCAUGUACCAGGCUAUAAAAGCUAUGUAAUGAAUCAGAUUAUUCAUAUGCAUGAAACAGUCCAUGUAAUUAAUGCAAGUCCAGUAAUACAUAGCUAUGACUAAAUAAAUAUUUCGGGAAGUACCUGUUCAGCUCACAUAACUAAUGUAGUCUUGCCAUGUAGACCUAUAGCUUAUAUUGACAUGAUGUGGAUUGCUGUUUCCAAUGUUAAACUCACAGUUUUUAAUAGGUAGUCGUGUCUGCCAUUUACUCAUCAAACUUAACAGAGUUGUGUUUCUAGUACUAAGCAUGCAUACCAGUAAUGUUUCUUAUUGAUAAAAGUUGCCAUAGAAAUUCAUGCCAAGUGCUUGCAUGAUAAACAUGUAAAAGUACUGGAAAAAUCCUAUAUACCAUACAACAAUGACAGAAAGAGACUUGAUAUUGCCAAAAAGUAUUAUAGAAUUUCUACAUUGUUCAUCACUACCAGAGUUUUUGUAUUUUACAAUGUUAUGGUAACUUAGGUCAUCUCCCCUGAUCUUACAGAUCUUUCAUGUGGUCAUCAGUUUGACCAGUCUGGUCUUUUCAACAAGACUUUCCUUCUCAUAGGAACAUUUCAGAGUGAGAUUUCAAACGACCUGGCACCGUUAUUAUGUACCAUUAUAUAACAGUAGUGACACUUGAGUAGAACACUGUUUGAACUGGUAUUCAGACCAGAGUAUGAUAGUAGAAGAUGCGUGAUAUUUUGCUCAAUGGUUAGAUAAUAAUAAGUUCAUGAAAAAUCAUUACUGUAUUUAUCCUCCAAUAGGCCCAAGGGGGCCAAGACAUAUUCUCUGACUUUCAAUAGGGCUUAAUUGUUUGAUUAUUAAAUAAGAAGUGAGCUUAUUACCAGGCAUGGACUUAUUUGACACAUCACUCCAUUACUUGUAUUUUACAAAUGCCAUGGCAAUCCUUCAAAAAGGAUGAGCAGUUCUUUGUUUUGCCAUAUUUCAAAAACUCGAAAAGAAUAUUGCCGCCACCACUUAGUUCCUUCGGUUUGCAUUUAUUAUGCAUAAUGACACCACAUUUUGGAUUUAGAAGUUUUGAGUUGACAUUCUGAUAUGUUGACAUUGAACUCCAACUAACACAAGUUCAGUAUUUAUAUCUAGCUCCUUCAGACAGAAUAAUGAUAUCAUAAGAUCUUUUAAUAGAACAUCUGUCUUCCAAAUAACAGUCACUGGUUUCAGACAUGGACUUUUCAUUCAAAAUUUUGAUACAUUCUGGACUGGAACUGUUAUAGCAGGACACAUCAAAAGCUGAAGGCAGUUUCUUCCGUUGUUGGUUUGACCUUUUGUCCUUGUCACUCUUGUGAAGAAUGGGUUAUUGUUUAAACCUGGAAAAUACACUUGUCGUUACUCAAACUUAACCUGUCAAACCAAGGAUCAAUGAUGUUUGACCUUGUUAAAAAUACACAUACACAAACCCUGAUGUAAUGUUACACAGUAGAUCAUAUCCACAUUUUAAGAGCUGAUUUUGUAUUGUGAUAACACACACCAUGUGUUACCAGAAAAAUAAAACAUGACUUUGAAGCUAGGGCAGGAUGCUCCUCAUCUACAUGCUUCUCUAGAAAUCCUGACCCCUGCUGUUAACAGUGUUGUACAAGGUCACUUAGUUCACUUAAGGAUAUAUGCCGCCUUAUGGUCAAAAGAGCUCCAUAUGCAGUUCAGUUAAUUCAAUUCUUUUUUUUAUGGAUAUAAGUUGAUGAUAUUAUGCAAUUAUCAACCUUUGCAUUGAUUUCAGGUUAAAUGCGAUUGAUUAUACAGACGAAAUCUUGCCCAGGUCUGUAUAUAGUCACAUGUAAACUGAAAUUAAAAGUCAGUAGCUUCUUUAUUAUGAUUCAACAAGUUGAAACAGGAAGAAGUAAUAAACAAAAAACAAAAUUUGAAGUUUCAAGUUUAUUAAUGAUUAUUGUGUAGAGUACAAACUCAACAAUCAUUGAAUGUUUACAGAUAUCAGUGAGUGGCCUGUAUCAUUGAAUGUUUACAGAUAUCAGUGAGUGGCCUGUGUCAUUGAAUGUUUACAGAUAUCAGUGAGUGGCCUGUAUCAUCGAAUGUUUACAGAUAUCAGUGAGUGGCCUGUGUCAUUGAAUGUUUACAGAUAUCAGUGAGUAGCCUGUGUCAUUGAAUGUUUACAGAUAUCAGUGAGUGGCCUGCUUUUAGUAAUUGUGUGUUGUUAUUGAUGUCAAAUAGAUUGUUUUCUUAAUAUCAGCUGUCUCCAUCACUGGUAAAUGUUCAUCCCCCGUCCCCUUGCCCUGGUACUUAAGUUUUUGCAGACAGAGUCAAACAUAUUUGAUUCCCUGCGGUCGGGUCUAUAGACAAUAUCUAUAUCUCAUAAACCUUCAACAGACUUUAAAUGCCUGUUCAGUCCAUUCUGGAUAGCAAUCAACCUUGUUUUCUUCAACAACGCCAUUCUCCUGUCUGACUUCAACAUGAAAUGUGCUGACAGCUUUAUCCAAGACUUUCCUGUCAAACCUUUUAAAUGCAGGUGACUGUCCUUAUAUCAUUGCGAAAUUGUAACUAUGCAGGCGUGCCAUGGAACUUUUAGUGUUUCUUUAGGUGUUCAGCGAGUCCUUCUGCAUCAGAAUUGUGUGCAUUUCCUGGUUUAUGGUAGGAAAUCUUUCUUUUUGACCAGACUGCAAUCUGCCAUCUUUGUGCUUGCAAAUAAAAUAUACUCAUAUUUGUCUUGUUCCCUGAUUGGCUAAUAUCUUAUUAAAGGUAUCAUCUGAUUAGCUAUUAUCUGAAUCUGAGAGUGGACUUCUCUUAGCUAAUUUUAGCACACAGGUAUUCUCACUGUCUUAAUUUUUUUUAUCUUGGAGCGGACAUUGCACGCUUUGGUGACUGUACAAGAAUUAUGAAGUUGACUAAUCAGAGUUAAGCAUAAUUGAUGGUCAAUGGAGAUUGUCUAACAUAAGGAUUUAUAUCAAGGAAUCUUAUCUAACAUGAAGUUUAUAUCAGGUAGAUUGUCUAACAUGCAAGAUUAUAUUAAGGGAGAUUGCCUAACAUUGCCAAUCAUGGUCCAAUAACAGGUAUAAAGUGUAAGGUGGCAUGCAUCCUUAAUGUCAAAUAGGUAGGUUGUAGACAUAAAUAUACUUAAUGACAAUCAUUGGUCAGUAUCAUCUGUUUUAUUGUCGAUCAUUGGUCAAUUCUUAUAACCUACACAAAGCUAGUAUAGGUAGGUUACAAGCAUACACUGUCAAUUAUUGGUCAAUACAAUAUGUUUUAUUGUCAAUCAUUGGUCAAUAUUAUGUUUUUUUGUCAAUCAUUGAUCAAUUCAUAAAACAAUAUCAACAUGCACAAAAUCACUGAAAAACAGGACAUGGUACUAACAUUAAUUGGUCAUGAUCAACUCUUACCCCAAACCACCCAGUGUAACCUACACAAGGUCACCGAAGGUUAAGACUGUAAGGACACUCUAGGAUAUUUAUGUACCCCCAGAUUACAUUAAUAAUCACACAUUUGUGAAGUUGUAAACUUGUGAGUUUUACCGUUUUAUACAAUAUGCAUGAAAAAACACUAUUUAUAGAUUUGUUUUAUUAUAACUUACACUACUUUAUAAGGACAUUUACUUAUCAUAUAUAUAUACAAUGAUAAUGUGUGAUAUUCGUUUUUUUGUGACGUAUGUUACAUUCAUGCUGAUCAGACUGUGAUAUACAUUUUAUAGAAAUAAAUGUUUACAAGAGCUAAUACUUCCUAGUUCU